AUGUCAGACAAAUACAUCCACCUGCUUCUAGAGGAAGUCAAGAAAGUCACCGAAGCGGUCCACAAGGCCGAGCCGGAUGUCUUGCGGUACUACGCUAUCCAGACCAAGAACGCACAGGGCCAGGACCAGCUUAUUUUUGUCGAGAAGUACGGGUUUAGAAGCAUCUGUGUUGAAGGGCAGGACGGCCAGCUAAUAGAUUUCUCGAAUAGGUAUGCGACUGCGGAAUCCCAGAAGGCUCACCGCAGUACGGUUCACUUCCAGGCCUUCGCGAAACAGGCUCAGGAAUUGCUGGCUGCGCCGUUGGAUGUGAAGGCUGGGGCAUUGGUUGCAGGAUAUGAGACGAGGGCGAGUCUGUAA